AUGCUAUCUAUUGUUGAAAGUAAAUGUAAUAAACCAACUUUAUUACUUCAUACUUUUCGCUACACACAAGAUAAAAUUUUAAACACAAGUGUUUAUUGGAAAUGUGAAAAUCGUUCAUGUCCUGCCCGUGCUAUACAAUAUGGUUCAAGUCCACCAAGCAUGAAGAAAUCACAUAAUCAUGAUGAAAAGUUAUGCAAUUAA